UUUAAGAAAGAUUUAUAUGUCGGCUCUGUACAAGAAAACGAAGACGAAGGUACUAUGGUGCAAGGUCUGCAUGGGAUCUACGCCACAGACUUAGACACAGACGCAAACUCAGUCAACAGUUAUAAAAUACUUCCUGGAAACGGUGAGGACAAAUUUGAAGCAGUUACUGAAGAACUGAGUGGAGUUAAAUUCUUAAAUAUUCGAACGAAAGUGAAGUUAGACCGCGAGGAGUCUUCGUUUUAUGUCUUGACAGUGGAAGCCUCAGACGGAGGGAAGCCAACACCAAGAGCGAUCACGCAAAUACGAAUUAAUAUCGAGGAUACGAACGAUUGUUCUCCUCAAUUUACAUCAUCAGAAUAUCGGGUUUCUGUUCUUUCCACUACCCCUGUUUCAACAGAAAUACUCAAAGUUCACGCUCAAGAUCAGGACUCAGAACAAAACUCUAAAAUCUAUUAUUUCUUUAAAAAAUUUCUAACCAAAACACACAAUGAUGAUUCCUUUACCCUUGACCCACAUACUGGAAUCGUACGCGUGGCAAGAAGCUUAGAUUUUACUGCGGGAAAUUUGAUUCAAAUGACAAUCGUUGCUCAAGAUCGAGGAAACCCCACUAAACGCACAGAAACUGUGGUUAAAAUUGAACUGUUUAAAGGGCUUUCGCAACCUUUGGAGGUACCUACUGGAAGCCAAGAACCGCGCUUUGCAAAGCAGUCAUAUUUAGUAAGAAUUUGCGAAGACUUGCCAGUCAACUCCCAUAUCUUACACCCAGUUGUUGUCCAUUUAGCAAGGUUGAAGCCCAAGUUUACAGUUUUAUCCCCUCAAGAAAUUCCUUUUGAAGUGGACGCUAAUAGCGGUUUCCUGUACUUAGUGAAAAGCUUGGAUUUUGAAUCGAGACAAAGAUACGAAUUUAAGCUGCUCUUAACUGCAUCUGAGACAGGUGAGGCGAAUGUGACAGUCUUAAUAGAUGAUGCUGAUGAGAAUUUCAAUGCUCCUGUGUUUGAGAAAGGAAACAUAGCAAUGGAAUUUCAAAGGAACUGGAAAUUGUCGCACUUUGUUACAAAGGUUAAAGCAACUGACCCAGACGAAGGUUUGGAUGGUCAACUUAAUUAUCGCAUUGAUGAUGGAGACGGAGUUAGAAGAUUUUAUAUAGAUGAGAGAGAGCGUAUUUUCUCUGUGCCUGGAUUGAAUUGGGAAGGAGUUGAACAACUUGGGUUGGUUAUUGAAGCUCGAGACAACGCGACGCGAUGGAGAAGCGGGAAGCAGUUUGUGUUGAUCUCUGUGGUAGGUGAGCAAGACUGUAACCCCAUGUUUGAGAGAGUUGUCUAUCACGGCAAUGUUCGCGAGCAUCUACGUUCCACGCGAACGUUCGUGGCUGUCACGAAGGCACGGCUGUGUCAGGACAGGAAAGUGCAGUAUUUGAUUACUGAGGGGAAUUCAAGAAAUAGCUUUGAGAUAGAUCAAUGUUCGG